AUGGGGCGAACGUAUUAUCAGGUCGUCGCGGCCUGCGCGUGUCUACUGCUGCUCCUAUCCCACGCGUCCGCUGAGGCUCCCUCGUCCGAGCCGCCUUCCACCCACGAAUCGGCUUCUUCUUCCAGACCGGCCCCUUCUCCAAAACCGGCUGAUGCUCCCAAACCUGCUCUCGCUCCCAAGUCUGCUCUCGCUCCCAAACCUGCUCUCGCUCCCAAGCCUGCUCUCGCUCCCAAGCCUGCUCUCGCUCCCAAGCCUGCUCUCGCUCCCAAGCCUGCUCUCGCUCCCAAGCCUGCUCUCGCUCCCAAGCCUGCUCUCGCUCCCAAGCCUGCUCUCGCUCCUAAGCCUGCUCUCGCUCCCAAGCCUGAUCUCGCUCCCAAACCUGCUCUCGCUCCCAAGCCUGCUCUCGCUCCCAAACCUGCUCUCGCUCCCAAACCUGCUCUCGCUCCCAAACCUGCUCUCGCUCCCAAACCUGCUCUCGCUCCCAAGCCUGCUCUCGCUCCCAAGCCUGCUCUCGCUCCCAAGCCUGCUCUCGCUCCCAAGCCUGCUCUCGCUCCCAAGCCUGCUCUCGCUCCCAAGCCUGCUCUCGCUCCCAAGCCUGCUCUCGCUCCCAAGCCUGCUCUCGCUCCCAAGCCUGCUCUCGCUCCCAAGCCUGCUCUCGCUCCCAAGCCUGCUCUCGCUCCCAAGCCCUCUGCCUCCGUCAAAGCAGCCGGUUCACCCGAGCCUGCUCUUCCCCCGAAGCCGUCUCUCUCUCCAAAGCACGCGCCCUCCCCCAAGACCGCCCCCGCGGCCGCGCCUUCCUCCAAGUCCGCCCCCGCGCCCGCGGAGCCAAAGACCGCGCGGAUGAGCGCGGCGGAGGAGGCGAAGCUGGAGGCGGAGCUGACGCCGGAGAACUUGAAGAAGCUGCGCGAGGAAGGCGCGAAGGUGUUGACGGAGGCGAACGUUCAGAUGCUGAUGGAGACGGAUCCGUCAAGUCUGACGGAGGAGGACGGAGACGAGUAUUUCCACUUCCACCACGUGGCGCACAUGGCGCAUCUGGCGCACAUGGCGCACCUCGCGCAGCUUCAGAGCAUGGAGGCGCACAACCAAGCGCAAGCCCCGGCGCAACCAGUUCCGCCGGUCGCAAAGACUUCGGAGAAGAAGGCUGACGGCGCCGCGGAAACUGCGGGCGAGAAGAAUGCCGGCGCGCGGAGCGUGGAGACCCCCAACACAGUGAUUAAAGCGGGGGCGGUUAAGGGCCAGGACGUCCGCGAUAUUGAGAAUGACAUCCUCGUUACUGACGAUGUGAGAGUCACCGGCAAGGAGAUUGGUGUACCCGCUAUAGCGACAUCCGUCAAAAUUCCAAGCUCCGAAGCGGAUCUCAGUCCCAAGGGCGUCGUGGCCGCUGCGGAUGAAGCGGGCGACAUCGAGGCGACCGAUGCGAAGGAGACCGAUGCGAAGGCGACAGUCGCGAAGGGCGACGCGAAGGCUACCGAAGUGAAGGGCGACGCGAAGGCGACAGAUGCGAAGGGCGACGCGAAGGCGGCAGAUGCGAAGGGCGACGCGAAGGCGGCAGAUGCGAAGGGCGACGCGAAGGCGGCAGAUGUGAAGGGCGAGACCAAGGCUAAGGCCGACGAGAAGGCUACCGAUGCGAAGGGCGAGUCGAAGGGCGAGACGAAGGGCGAGGCCAAGGCUACAGCUGCGGACGAUGGCAUCAAGGCUACAGAUGCGAAGGCCGCGAUCGGCGCCGAUGAGAACGGGCCUGGCGGCGCCUCAUCGGGCAGUAAGUACGUCAAGACUGUAACGGGUGGCGCCAAAAAAGAGGCCGUCAGUAGCGCGUACGAGGAGGAGAGCUGCCCGGCGGCGCCGCUGGAUCAAUGCGAUUUCUACUUCGAGGGGCACCCGGAGGACGUCCCCGUCUUCCGCCUCGAUAAUGUCACACCCGACACCGCUAUAAGCCCGCCGCUGGUGUCGAGCCGCAUUCAGCAGAUCAUCGAGGUGGAUCGCAGCGGCGCGGCGCAGUUCCUGUGCGGCAUGGACGGCGUGCGCGGCGACGACAACCAGUUCUAUCUGACCAAGCAGCAAUCCGCGCUGCAUGUCCGCACCUUCCAAACGGUGUCCUCGCCGCGCGAAAAGUUCGAGUCGCGGUGCGUGAAGCUGUGGAUCGUGAACGCGCAGAUCCCGGCGCCCAACGGCUCCGUCGUCAACACGGCGCCGGGCGACGACCUUCAGCACGACUACCCCGACGCGCGCCGCUGCGUCGUCUUCAAAACCGGCCCCGUCGCGCCGCAGUCCGUGUCGUGCGGCCGCCAGCCCGUCUUCGCGCAAGCCGUCGGCUCCCCGCCCGGGGACCUCGUUGUGCGCCCGUCCGCGCCUUCCUCGCCUUCCGCGCCGGGUGCGCCGGGUUCUCCGCCGACUUCCCCCGACAGCCCGCCAGGGGAAGACUCUCCGCCCUCCUCCCCGCCCUCUACCAAGACGAGUACCGACAGCCCCCCUUCCCACUCCCCCUCCUCCCCCCCUUCCCCCGACUCCCCCUCCUCCCCCGGGACCCCCGACCGUCCCCCCUUGGCGGGGAUUCAGACCUUGCAGCCGCCUUCCCCGCCCAAGCCCUCCCCUUCCCCGCGUGCUCCCGGGUCCCCCCCAGCGCCAGAAGGGGAUUCCCCUUCCCCUUCCCCCCCUGGCGUGCCUUCCACCGACCUCCCGCCCACGCCCCCGCACGCGCAGAUACUCAUUCCCCCCUUGGCUACCACCAAGACCCAGUCUCCCCCGCCCCGCACGUCCUCCCCGCCCCCGCCCACACCUUCCCCCGACUCCCCCUCCGGGCCAGUCACCCCCCAGUCCACCCCAAACACCCCCGACGACACUCCCCCCGAAUCUCCCCCCGAGUCUUCCCCCGAGGGUUCCCCCGAGGCUCCCCCCGCGCCCAUUCCCCCUGCUGAGUUCCCCAAGCCUACGGGGCCGUGCAAGGUGAUGUGUCCGGCCAACCCCCUGUCUCUCUGCGACUUUUACUUUGAGCAGCAUCAGACCGCUGUUCCACUCUUUCACCUCAACGGCACUGUUCCCGACUCGGCUAUCAGCCCUGCGCUAAAGACAAACAAGCUGCCGCCCGGGAAGUUUGUCGAGGUGGACUCGGUGGAUCACAACCGGCUGCAGAUUUUGUCCUGUGUGGACUACACGUCAGCGCCGGCGAGCUACAGGGAGAUGUUUUACGUGACGGGGCAGAUCGGGCGGCUGCACCGGCGGGCUACGGACGGGGAGAGCAUGUUGGGGUUCUAUGAUGGGGCGUGUGUGCGCGUGAAGCUCCAGUCGCUGCAGCUGGCUUAUAACGAGACGAAUGUGAUUAAUCUGAAUCCUGGGGAUGGGAACAAGGAGUUCCCGGAGUCGAGGCGAUGCAUCGUCUUCAAAACGGCCGUAAACCAGCACCUCGCCACCUUUUCAAUCGCCACCUCCCAGCUGGGCCUUCACUGCCGUGUGCCGCUGCCAGUGGUGCCAGGAGCAGCCGGGGCAGGCAUCAUUCUCCCACUGGGAGGGCGUGUUAGCCAGUCUACCGCAGGCGAGUGCAGCAGUGCAGCAGUGCAGCAGUGCGGGCACAGCACACACGGCAUUCACCAGCGCCUUGCUGUGGCCACUCAAUAA